UCAUUUUCAUUAUCCACAGCUACAAACCCCACAAACGCACAACAAAUUUGUUUCGGAUUCAUUUGAACUUCUUGGAUUCUUUGAAAAACAAUUAUUUUUUGUACAGAUUUUAGCUCUCAGUUCUUGAAUCUUCAAGCGCUAGCUAUAAACAUUUCAGUUGGUACUGCUUCUUUUAUAAAUGGAAGGCACUGAACUGUAUAUAGCUGGUGGUAGUUUACGUAGAGGUGAGUCUUCUAUAUGGAGGAGCAAUGCAAUGGAAGGUUUCUCCAAAUCUUCCAGAGGAGAUGAAGAUGAUGAUGAAGAAGCUUUGAAAUGGGCUGCAAUCGAAAGAUUGCCUACUUAUGAUCGCUUAAAGAAAGGUUUAUUAACCACAUCAAAAGGUGAAGCCAAUGAAAUUGAUGUUAAGAAUCUUGGAUUUCAUGAAAAGAGAACUUUGCUUGAUAGGUUGGUUAAAGUUGCUGAAGAAGAUAAUGAACUGUUCUUGCUGAAGCUCAAGAAUCGUAUUGAUAGGGUUGGAAUUGAGCUCCCUAUGAUUGAAGUUCGAUUUGAGCAUUUAAAUGUUGAAACAGAAGCUCAUGUAGGAAGUAGAGCUUUACCCACAUUUUUUAACUUCUCCAUUGAUAUAGUAGAGGGUUUCUUGAAUUUUCUUCAUAUCCUUCCAAGUGGAAAGAAAAGCCUGUCUAUACUUCAGGAUGUUAGUGGAAUUAUCAAACCAAAAAGAAUGACAUUGCUUUUGGGUCCUCCAAGUUCUGGAAAGACUACUCUUUUGUUGGCUUUGGCUGGAAAACUUGAUCCUAAAUUAAAGUUUUCUGGUAGGGUGACUUACAAUGGUCAUGAGAUGAAUGAGUUUGUUCCCCAGAGAACAGCUGCUUACAUCAGUCAACAUGAUACCCAUAUAGGCGAAAUGACUGUAAGGGAGACCUUGGCCUUCGCUGCAAGAUGUCAAGGGGUUGGACACCGAUAUGAAAUGAUAUCUGAGUUGCUAAGAAGAGAAAAAGCAUCAAAUAUUAAGCCUGAUCCGGAUAUUGAUGUCUUUAUGAAGGCAAUGGCUACAGAAGGUCAGGAGGCUAAUGUGGUCACAGAUUAUAUUCUUAAGAUUUUAGGAUUGGAGGUAUGUGCAGAUAUUAUGGUGGGGAAUGAAAUGUUAAGGGGUGUCUCUGGAGGACAAAGGAAGCGUGUUACAACAGGUGAGAUGCUUGUUGGACCAGCGAAAGCACUGUUCAUGGAUGAGAUCUCCACUGGCUUGGAUAGUUCAACUACUUACCAAAUCGUGAACUCAAUAAAGCAAUACAUUCACAUUCUUAAUGGAACAGCUGUCAUCUCUCUCCUCCAGCCACCACCGGAGACUUACAAUCUCUUCGAUGACAUUAUUCUGCUAUCUGAUGGUCAGAUUGUGUAUCAGGGUCCUCGUGAAAAUGUACUUGAGUUUUUUGAAUACAUGGGCUUCAAAUGCCCUGAAAGAAAAGGAGUUGCAGACUUCUUGCAAGAAGUAACGUCAAGGAAAGACCAAGCACAGUAUUGGGCAGAUAAAGAUAAGCCCUACAGUUUUGUCACAGUUAGGGAAUUUGCAGAAGCAUUCCAAUCAUUUCUUGUCGGACGAAGACUUGAAGCUGAACUUUCUACUCCAUUUGAUAAGUCCAAGAGCCACCCAGCUGCUUUGACAACUAAAAAGUAUGGAGUUGGAAAGAUGGAGCUACUUAAAGCUUGUUUCUCUAGAGAGAUCUUGCUCAUGAAAAGGAACUCAUUUGUCUACAUUUUCAAGCUCACCCAACUCACCAUAAUGGCAAUGGUUGCAAUGACACUCUUCCUUCGGACUGAGAUGCACCGAGAUUCAGUCACUAAUGGAGGAAUUUAUGUGGGUGCUCUAUUUUUCUCUGUGGUGUUUAUCAUGUUUAAUGGACUGUCAGAGAUUUCAUUGACCAUUGCAAAGCUUCCGGUGUUUUAUAAGCAAAGGAGCCUCCUUUUCUAUCCUCCCUGGGCAUUCUCUCUUCCCCCUUGGAUCACUAAGAUACCUAUAACACUUGUACAAGUUGCCAUUUGGGUGUUCCUCACCUAUUAUGUUAUUGGAUUUGAUCCCAAUGUUGGAAGGUUCUUUAAACAGUACCUUCUGCUAGCUCUUGUUAGCCAGAUGGCUUCAGGAUUAUUUCGCUUUAUUGCUGCAGCAGGAAGGAAUAUGAUUGUUGCCAACACCUUUGGAUCAUUUGCACUGCUUGCGUUAUUCGCAUUAGGAGGAUUUAUCUUGUCACGAGAUAAUAUAAAGAAAUGGUGGAUAUGGGGUUACUGGAUAUCACCACUUAUGUAUGGGCAAAAUGCAAUAGUAGUUAACGAGUUCCUUGGAAACAGUUGGAAUAAAAAGGUCCUCCCGGACACAACAGAAACACUUGGAAUUCAAGUUUUGGAGUCUCGAGGAUUCUUCACACAUGCAUAUUGGUACUGGAUAGGAGUUGGGGCAUUGGUCGGAUUCACACUGCUGUACAACUUCUUUUUUACUCUAGCUCUCACAUUCCUCGGCCCAUUGCAGAAGCCUCAAGCUGUUAUAUCUGAAGACUCUGCAAGUAAUACAUCAGGAAAAACAGGAGAAGUGAUUCAGUUAUCCUCUGUGAGGACAGAGCUCAUAGUGGAAGAAAACCAUCAGAAGCAAAAAGGAAUGGUUCUUCCAUUUGAACCACAUUCUAUCACCUUUAAUGACAUUAGAUAUUCCGUUGACAUGCCACAGGAAAUGAAAAGACAGGGAGCGACUGAAGAUAGACUGGAGCUUUUGAGGGGUGUGAGUGGUGCUUUUAGGCCAGGUGUUCUUACAGCUCUAAUGGGUGUGAGCGGUGCUGGUAAAACCACUCUAAUGGAUGUGCUGGCUGGUAGAAAAACUGGUGGAUAUAUAGAAGGAGACAUCAGAAUCUCAGGCUUCCCUAAGAAGCAAGAGACUUUCGCUAGAAUCUCAGGAUAUUGCGAGCAAAAUGACAUCCAUUCUCCACAUGUUACUGUAUAUGAAUCAUUGCUUUACUCAUCUUGGCUUCGUUUACCUCCUGAAGUGAACAGUGAAACCAGAAAGAUGUUUAUUGAGGAAGUCAUGGAACUUGUGGAAUUGACGCCAUUGAGGCAAGCAUUAGUUGGAUUGCCUGGUGUGAGUGGCCUGUCUACCGAGCAACGCAAGCGGCUGACAAUUGCAGUUGAGCUGGUGGCAAACCCUUCUAUAAUAUUCAUGGAUGAGCCCACUUCAGGGCUAGAUGCAAGAGCUGCUGCAAUUGUUAUGAGAACAGUGAGGAACACUGUGGACACUGGAAGGACAGUUGUGUGCACCAUCCAUCAGCCAAGCAUUGACAUAUUUGAAGCUUUUGAUGAGCUACUCCUUAUGAAGCGAGGAGGUCAAGAGAUAUACGUGGGACCAUUGGGGCGUCAUUCUUGCCAACUAAUAAAGUAUUUCGAGGCAAUCGAAGGGGUACCUGACAUCAAAGAUGGUUACAAUCCAGCAACGUGGAUGUUAGAAGUUUCAAGUUCAGCUCAAGAAAUGGUUUUGGGAUUAGAUUUUGCUGCUAUUUACAAAAAUUCAGAACUAUACAGGAGAAACAAGGCACUCAUUGAGGAAUUAAGCACGCCUCCUUUAGGUUCAAAUGACUUGUAUUUUCCUACUCAGUACUCACAAUCAUUUUUUACCCAAUGUAUGGCCUGCUUAUGGAAGCAACACUGGUCAUACUGGCGCAAUCCACCAUACACUGCUGUCAGAUUUCUCUUCACGACUGUCAUUGCUUUGAUGUUUGGGACGAUGUUUUGGGAUCUUGGCUCCAAGACGACAAAGCGACAAGAUCUUUUCAAUGCAAUGGGAUCAAUGUAUGCAGCAAUUGUCUUCCUUGGGAUCCAAAAUGCAUCAUCUGUGCAGCCAGUAGUUGCUGUUGAAAGAACUGUUUUCUACAGAGAAAGAGCUGCAGGAAUGUAUUCUCCUUUGCCCUAUGCCUUUGCUCAGGUUGUAAUUGAGCUUCCAUAUAUCUUCUUACAAGCUGCAGUAUACGGUCUUAUAGUAUACGCAAUGAUUGGAUUUGAAUGGAGUGCAGCUAAAUUCUUUUGGUACCUCUUCUUCAUGUACUUCACAUUAUUGUUUUACACCUACUAUGGCAUGAUGGCUGUGGCUGUGACACCAAACCAGCAGGUUGCAUCAAUAGUUUCCUCUGCAUUCUACUCGAUAUGGAAUCUGUUUUCAGGAUUUAUAAUCCCAAGACCAAGAAUUCCUGUGUGGUGGAGAUGGUAUGCUUGGACAUGUCCAGUAGCAUACACAUUGUAUGGAUUAGUUUCGUCGCAGUUCGGAGAUAUAAAGCAUACACUUGAAUCCGGUGAAACAGUUGAAGAUUUUGUGAGAAGUUAUUUUGAUUUCAAGCAUGAACUUCUAGGUGCUGUUGCAGCUGCAGUCUUUGGCUUUGCAACACUCUUUGCAUUUACCUUCGCGUUUUCCAUUAAGUUCUUCAAUUUCCAAAGGCGAUAGAGACAUUAGCUUCACAGUGUAGUGUAAAGAAAUAGCAUCCCCAAGUACUAAACAAUUGAGUAUUCUUACAUAUUCUUACAGGUAAUAUAGGGUAUGUAAAGCGUCAUUUUCAGCUAAUUCAGAGCUGCACUCUCUUUUGUAAGUCUCAGGAAAUAGCAGACAGGCAUUCUAACGAAGAUUAAUGUAUAGCUUGUGAAAGAACCAUUAUUAUUAUAUAUCCUUCCCUUCUCUGCUUUUGUGUA